AUGAAAUCAGGAAGUUACAGUAACGAAAGUGGAUCUUCACAGAAUAAAAUCAAUAAGCGACUUCGAAAACAUACAAGAAGUUAUUCAAGCGAACGAGUUAUCAAUAACGAACAAUAUUAUCAUGGCCUACUUCCACGUGCAGAUGUUCGCUUGUUAUUGAAAGAAAACGGGGAUUUUGUUGUUCGUAUAACUGAACCAAAACCUGGAGAGCAGAGAUCAUAUGUGUUAAGUGUGUUACAUGAUAAACUAUUAGAAGAGAACGCAGCAGUCAAACAUCUGGUAAUUCACUCUGCAAAUCAAAAAUUUUGGAUUGAUAACACGUUUUCUUUCGAAUCUCCACAAGCUCUCAUCAGUUAUUACCUGAAACCAGCAGUCCAGAAUGAAGAAACUGCCGUUGUCCGUUUACUUCGUCCUAUUUCUCGUCAACCAUGGGAACUCGAACAUGAAUGGAUUACAAUUAAACAGAAACUCGGACAAGGAGCUUUUGGAGAAGUUUCAAUGGGAAUAUUCAAACGAAAAGGAAUGAUUAAAGGGGUACAAGUGGCUGUGAAACAAGCAAAAUUAGAGAAAAUGGGCAAAGAACAAAUCAAGGAAUUCAUGUGUGAGGCGAGGCAUUUGAAGACGAUGAGUCAUCCGAAUAUUGUCAAAUUUUAUGGUGUUGCAGUACUUGAGGAGCCUCUUUAUAUGGUUAUGGAACUAGCUUCGAAUGGUGCUCUCGACAGUUAUCUGAAAAAGAAUCCGAAUCUUCCAGUCGAGACUCGAAAUGAAAUGAUUCUCCAAGCAGCUUGGGGGCUGGAAUAUCUUCAUUCUCGACCAGUUCUUCAUCGAGAUAUUGCUGCGAGAAACUGUCUUUAUGGAGAUCAAAAAGUAAAAAUAUCAGAUUUCGGACUGACUCGGACUGGUUCCACUUAUCAGAUGGAUAUGAAUAAGAAAGUUCCGAUUCGUUGGUUGGCAAUGGAGACAUUGAUCACUGGAUCAUAUACUCAGAAAGCUGAUGUUUGGGCAUAUGGAAUAAUGUGUUGGGAGAUAUACAACAGUGCAAUCGAGCCAUAUCCAGGAAUGAGUCCAGCUGAAGUUCAUCAGAAAGUUCGAGAAGGAUAUCGAAUGCAGAUUCCUGUCAAUGUCCAUCCUGAUAUUCAGAAAACUAUUCAAAGUUGCUGGCUGGAAAAUGCAGCAGAUCGUCCAACAAUGAGUGAUAUCGCUACCCAGUUGCAGAAUAUCACUCAAACCCCGAGACCCAAUUUUUCUGCAAUCUAG